CUCACGGUAGAUCUUCUGACGAAUUUCUGGCGGCAGGUUCCCGAGAUAGUCCCGCGUGGUAGCCAUGGUGAUGGAAGAGCAAUUUCGGUGAUGCUAGAAUCGUGCUGUUGGCACUGAUGGAAGAGACAAUCAGCGGGAACCCGUGGUGCACUGCACGCAGCGGUAUGACGAAUGUGAAAGCGUUAGACCACGCGGAGGCAACGCUAACCGGCAAAGUCCGCAAUAAUCAGGUGACAUGUGCGGCUUGGCGUGGUUUCCGUUUCUUUCUCUCAACGCCGCGGCACCGACAUGCUCGAUACAAACACAAACUUCAGCAAAGCAGACCAGUAUCGAAACGACUCUCACUAUGGCAGAUGCAAAGGCCAGGAUCGCGAAGAAGGAGGCCAGGCUCGCCGAGCUGGACAAGGAGAUCAAGGAUCUGAACCAGGAGACCGAAGCAUUGGAACGUGUGGCCGCGGAGGGUCAGAGCAAGGUGGCCGCGGUGUUGAGGGCUGCGGAGAUCGACAUCGAAUCACGGGUGUGCACAUUCAGAGGCCCCGAGACACGAGUGAUGCAGGCUGUCAAAUCGGGAAAACUUCGCGAGGCCCUUGCAUGGUUCGAGACCUUCAUCGGACCGCUGAAGUGGUUGGUCGAGGACGAGGAUGCUGCCGCAUGGAUGGCAGCGGAGGAGCGGGUCACCACUGCCGCCGUUGAAUACAUGAGCCAUGAGAUGAAGCAGCGACCACAGGUUCCCGAAACGGUCCAGAUGUUCUACGAACGACUACUCCAAAUCAAAGCCGUCUACGGUCAGAGUGAGGGUAGCAAUUGCGAGGAAGAUGCCGAGAGUCGUCACGAAGGCGCUGAAGAUGAUGGUUCCGAUGAAGAAAGAUCCGAUGGGCGGAGCUCCGGAGAUCACUCUUUCGUCAGAGACGAGGAAGGCGAUCUGACUUCUGAGGAUAACGGCUCCGAUGAUUUCGAACCCAGCGGCGAGGGUUCGGAUAGUGACGGCUCUGGCAAUGAAGACUCGAGUCACGAUGGCCCGGUUGAUCGUGAUUCCGACGAGGAAGACUCUGCAGAGUUCACGAAUGGAGAAGGAUUCGAAGACUACUCUGGCGACAGUACUGGGGAGAUGGGAGACGAAGAACUGGUCGAGAAAGGGCAUUGAUCAACGAUGUGGCGUUGACUGCUGUGUAAGCCACGACCUUGUCGCGCGCUGUCCUUCCAUAUCAGAGGCUAAAGCCUGAGAUAAAGCUCGACACGGCCAUGGAGUUGUACCACAGCGAGCGCUUCUUCAAGC